GCGGGGAGUAUCAUCAUGUCAACUGGUCCUUUUCGCAUCGUUGAGCAUACGGUUCCCGGUCAGCACAUUCGGGAAUAUCCCGGUGCUACUGCGAACGAACAGGAAGACAUCCUGAGCUUGGUUGUGAAACAAUACAUUCCUUUGGAUAAUCCUAGUCCGCAGCCCGGUGAUGUCACUAUACUUGCAGCGCAUGCGAAUGGCUUUCCCAAGGAGCUCUACGAGCCUCUUUGGGAAGAAUUACAUGCUCGGUCAAAAGAAAACGGGUUUCGAAUACGGAGUAUCUGGAUGGCCGAUGUUGCGCACCAGGGACAAAGCAGUGUGGUUAACGAAGACAUAUUAGGAAAUGACCCUAGCUGGUUUGACCAUCCCCGGGACCUCCUCCACCUUGUCAAUGUUAAGCGCAAGGAGAUGCCGCGCCCUAUCGUUGGAGUCGGGCACAGUAUGGGCGGUGCACAUCUUGCUCAACUAGCAAUCAUCCAUCCGCGCCUCCUUCACAGCCUCAUCCUGCUAGACCCCGUGAUCCAACGGCAAACCACACAGCUAGACGCAAGCGACCUAGGAAAACAGAAACUCGUCAUUGCCAAAACCACUCAAUCAUCUACCUAUCGACGCGACUAUUGGCCCUCACGUAAGGCAGCGCUAGACUCAUUCAAGAGGAACCCAUUCUACCAAGCCUGGGAUCCGCGCGUUCUGGACCGCUGGGUUAGAUACGGUCUCCGAGACCUCCCUACAUCCAUCUACCCGCUCGAUGAAUCCUCCUCAAAUGUCGCCUCGAACAACAGCGCUGAGCGCCCUGUAACUCUGCGGACAACCCUUCACCAAGAAGUCUUCACUUUCUCUCGACCCAACUACGACGGUCCGCCGGGUUUCGCCGUACCUGUGAACAAAGUCACGCACCCGGAUCUCGACCCCGAUCAUUUAGGCUCCUGGCCCUUCUACCGCCCUGAGCCGUCCCGCAUCUUUGCUCAACUUCCCCAUCUCCGGCCGAGCGUGCUAUAUAUUUUCGGCGGCACAUCGGACAUGUCCACGCCGACAAUGAUAGCGGAUAAAUUAGCCCAUACAGGGACUGGACUCGGUGGCAGUGGCGGAGUCACAGCGGGACGUGUUCGAGACGUAGUACUCAAGGAUAAAGGACAUCUUGUCGCCCAGGAAGCGCCAGUCCAAUGCGCCGAAGAAGCUAGUAAGUGGCUUGGGCCGGAGCUACAGCGUUGGAGAGAAGAAGAGAAGAUGUUCCAGGAUCAGUGGAGUCAAAAGUCCAAGAUCGAGAAGGUUACUAUUGAUCAUCGGUGGAAGGCGCAUGUGCCUGCUCCUGUGCGACCUAAAAAGAAAGACUCGAAGUCGAAGCUGUGA